AUGCGUCUCACUUACGUCCUGCUACUGGCUGCGGCUACCCUUCUCGCCAACACCAACGCGCUGGCGACUGAAGGCGACGCUGAAAAGCGGCUCCUCCGCUCCCACAAGAACCACAAGAAGGCUGCGAGCGCCGCCGUUGCUGAAGAAGAACGUGGUAUGUUUGAUUUCCUCAAGAAUGUGGACGACUUGCCCAUGUUCGAGAGGAUGAAGCUCCAGCCAUCAUACAAGAACCACAUCUUCGAAUCAUGGAGAACGGGCGGAGGCACCAAGGAAGGGGCCAGGACCUUCAUGGCAAGCCAAGGUCUUUCGCCGAACCAGAUUGACGAGUGGUUGGAGCUGUGGUUGCAGCAUUUUGCGGCCCACAGAAAGGCGAACAUUAAAUAG